GUUCGAGAUACUGAGAGUAUAGAUAUACAUAUUUAUGGAAUAUCGAGAAAUAGCUGCGAAAAUUCAUGACGAAAUUUGGGAAGAGAACUGAACCAGCUGUUGAACAACGAUACCUACAUCCAUUAUUGGGAAGCUUGACUAAUUUAGGCCGAAAUGGCACUGCAAUUCAACACAUCUUCUCUGAUACAUUCUUUGACAAGAAGAUCUCACUUGUGUCUUUGAUCUGGUUACUCUUGUCACAGUAUUCCCUGUCACAUCUAAGCCAGAGUGGCACAGUAUUACUGGUAAGAUACAUGCAGCUUCUAUCCUCUGGAUAGUACACGGGAUCCGAGUCUGCCCGACAGAACUACACAAUCUAUUCAUUUCUUUUGUAUUGGAUUAAAACUUCUUUCAUGUAGCUUUUGUAAACUUGUACAAAGAU